UGAAAAUAGAUUUUCACUCUCUUUCACUUUCACUCUCACUGCGAUACACAACUGGAUUUUUUUCUCCUUACAAAUACCAAGAGACUCAACAAUUACAAGGAUAUACCAUCUAAACGGUAAAUUCUAAGCGCAGCUGUUAAAAGUGAAGGUUGUAAAGUUGAUCAAAGUUUAUUGACUGUAGUUAAGUUUCUGGAUAAUCUACAAUGGCAACUCCUGCUUCUGUCCAUGAGCUGCUGCUGGACACCCUGGAUAGCUUGGUCUUAAGCGAGCUGAAGAGAUUUCAGUAUCUACUGACUAAGAACAUGUUAGAUGGCCGGUUUCCUAUUCCUAAGAGCUGUCUGGAGAACGCUGACAGGGAGGACACCGUGGAGAAGAUGGUCAGCGCCUACUGCCAUGAAGGAGCAGUGAAGAUCUCACUGACGAUCCUGAGGAAGAUGGACCAGAAUGAUCUUGCUAUGAAGCUGGAGAGAGGCACUCUAGAAGAGGUGCCAGCACUGAAAAAGACUGUGUUUGAUCAAAAGGAAGAACUGAAAUCCAAUUUAGAGAGUCUUCGAAAGAAUCAAGAAAAGUACAAAAGCAUGGAGGUCCACAUUAAGAAGCAACGUGCGGACGCAGAGAGGCAGAUGAGGGAGCAGUUUGAAAAGUUCCACCAGUUUCUGAGAGAGGAAGAAGAGGCCAAACUGGUUGCGCUCAGGGAGGAAGAGGAGCAGAAGGGCAGGGCUAUCGUCAGCGAGAUGGAGAGAAUUCUCAAGCAGAUCUCUUCUCUUGAACAGGACCUGCAGAAAGACGACCGCACAUUCCUUGUGAGCUACAAAUACACCCAGAACAGCACACUGCCGGGUACACAGCAGGUCUCAGGAGUGCUUAUUGACAUGGCCAAACACCUGGGAAACCUGCAGUUCAGAGUGUGGGAGAAGAUGAAGGAGAUAGUCCAAUACACUCCUGUGAUUCUGAACCCCAACACUGCAAACCGCUGGCUCUCCGUGUCUGAUAAUCUGACCAGUGUGAGAUUUAAUAACAUAGGUCAGCAAAUCACUGACAACCCAGAGAGGUUCGCACAGUAUGCCAAGGUUCUGGGCUCAGAGGGCUUCAGCUCAGGGAAGCACAUCUGGGAGGUGGAGGUGGGGGACCAUCCUGAGUGGAAUCUGGGCGUAGCUAAAGAGACCAUUGAUAGGAAGGGGGAGAUUCUUGCUUCACCAGGUUAUGGAAUCUGGGCUAUACUGAACAGGAAUGGUGUGUAUCAAAGUGGAAAGGGUGAGCCCCUUGCUUUUGAGAAGCUGAAGAGGAUCCGAGUGCAGCUGGACUUCACCAGUGGGGAGGUGUCCUUCUACGACCCCAAAGAUAUGACACACAUCUAUACUCAUAAAGACACGUUUGCUGAGAGACUGUACCCAUACUUUCUUGUUGGACUGGCUGGUGGUGCCAACAACCCUGAUAUACAUAUCUGCCAAUCAGAGGUGUCUCUGACAGUAAUGGCAUCUUAGUGAGGCAUGUGAUCACAUCUUACGAUUGAAACUUAUAAAAAUGAAUUCAAAGGCUAGAAUCUUGCGCAGAAAAAAAUACCAUUUGGGAUAAUGAUUUGAAAUAAUGCCUUGAACAGAACAGUAAUUGAAGAAAAAAAAAAUAUAUAUAUAAUUUAUGUUUAGCUAAUCCUCGUCUGUGAGACUUGUGGUGUUAAUCGUAGGGGCUCGAUUCAAUCCAUUUUGCUGAAGUUCAGUGCCAUAUGAAAUUUAAAGGUAAUUUCCAAUUGAGCCGGGAUAUGCAGCUUUUACCGUGAAUGCAGUGUCCGCGACCGCGAAAAAAUUGCCUUUACAUUUCAAUCACUCUAUAGAACUGAACUUCAGCGAUACGGAUUGAAUCAAGCCCUAGUUCUGAUGUGAAUAAAGUUGAUUGAAAAAAUUUGA